CCAGAAGGAAGAGGUGGGGCAAAAAUGAGGCGUUAGAAAUUUCCAGCUGCUCGGCAACUAGAAGCAGUUAAGAGGUCUCCAGCAGUGGGUCUAGGGGUCAGCCCAAGCCGUAAUAUAUGUCAAGAUGUCUCUUUGCAAAAAGUUGACUUUGAACAAACUAGAUGUUAAGGAGAAAUGAGUCAUCAUGAGGGUCGACUUCAACGCUCCCAUGAAGAAUCAACAAAUUACAAAUAACCAGAGAAUCAAAGCUGCCGUCCCAAGCAUAAAGCACUGCCUGGAUCACAGAGCCAGGUGUGUCCUUCUUAUGAAUCACCUAGGCCGGCCUGACGGUGUUGCCAUGCCUGACAAAUACUCCUUGGAGCCGGUUGCUGCCGAGCUCAAAACCUUACUGGGCAAAAAUGUUGUGUUGCUGAAGGACUGUGUGGGUCCAGAAGUGGAGAAAGCCUGAGCCAGCCCUGCCACCGGGUCAGUUAUCCUGCUGGAGAACCUGUGCGUCCAUGUGGAGGAAGGAGAGAAAGCCCAAAAUCCCUCUGGAAAGAAGUUGAAAGCUGAGCCAGAUAAAAUAGAAGCCUUCCGAGCAUCCCUUUCCAAGCUGGGGGAUGUCUAUGUUAAUGAUGCUUUUGGCACUGCACCCCAAGCUCACAGUUCCAUGCUGGGUGUGAAUCUGCCCCAGAAGGCAUCUGGAUUCCUGAUGAAGAAGGGGCUGGAAUACUUUGCCAAAGCUUUGGAAAACCCAGAGAGACCCUUUCUGGCUAUACUUGGUGGGGCCAAAGUGGCAGACAAGAUCCAACUCAACAAAAAUAUGCUGGACAAGGUCAAUUACAUGAUUAUUGGUAGUGGGAUGGCUUAUACCUUCCUUAGGGUGCUCAACAACAUGGAGAUCGGUGCCUCCUUGUUCGAUGAGGAGGGGGCCAAGAUUGUCAAAGAUAUCAUGGAAAAAGCAGAUAUGAAUGGUGUCGAGAUUACUUUUCCUGUUAACUUCAUCACUGCUGACAAGUUUGAUGAGAAUGCUAAAGUUGGGAAAGCUACUAUAGAAUCUGGCAUACCUCCUGGCUGGAUGGGUUUGGACUGUGGUUCUGAAAGUAAUGAAAAGUUUGCUCAAGUUGUGGCCCAAGCAAAGCUAAUUGUUUUGAAUGGUCCUGUGGGAGUGUUUGAAUGGGAUGCCUUUGCCAAGGGAACCAAAGCCCUCAUGGAUGCGAUUGUGAAGGCCACUUCCAAAGGCUGUGUCACCAUAAUAGGAGGUGGAGACACUGCUACUUGCUGUGCUAAGUGGAACACUGAAUAUAAAGUCAGCCAUGUAAGCACUGGAGGGGGUGCCAGUCUAGAGCUUCUGGAAGGUAAAAUCCUUCCUGGGAUGGAGGCCCUCAGCAGCUUGUAGUCAAUAGAAUGUUCCUUCCUUCUGUUCUUAUCCAUAGUCUUUAAGUCAGCUUAGUACUUUUAUAUCUCAACUUGAUUUUGGUUAAAAUCCACCCCUAUUAAGAUCCACAUAAAGAAAAAAUCACUGGAACCUCAGGAACUCUUAACAUUAGUAUAACAACUCAGUUUAUUUCAGCAAUGUCAUGCAUUUGCCUGAUGUCCUCAAGAUAAUGUUUGGACUUCACCAUUCUGCUUCAUAAGGAGAAUAUAUUAAAUUGCCUA